CGCGGUGACUCAGGGCAGGAGCAUCCGUGUGCUGGGAGCGGUGGGAGCCCUGGGAUGCGGGCACUGCUGGCUUCGCCGGGGGGGGGGCUGCGGCCCGGUGCCAGCCCGCGGCGUGCUGUGACACGUGCGGAGCGCGUGGCGGUGGCGACAGCUGCUGCGUGGUCACCUCCUGCCAUUCCACGCCCCUUCCCCGCUCCGGAGAGGGUGCCAGGCUGUGCCCGAUGCCACCGCAGUCGUUUGGAGGCAGCGGGUGGGAGAAGGCGCCCGCCAUCGCCGGGGCUGUGCCUGGCUCCAGCUCUUGGGUCUCCGUCCCAGUGCCAGCCGUGGGGGCUCGUCCCCUCGCAGGGCAUCGUGGAAAAGACGCCCCGGGAGAAGCGGCUCCCGGCCCAGUGGCUCCAUGGCCAGAGAGUGGGUCAUGCCGUCCUGCCAUCGGCAUUCCCGGUUGUGCGCGUCCAGGGUCCAGGCACCCUCCUCCUGCCGCCACCGUCCCCCCUGCCGUGACAUGUCCCGUCUCCUGCAGGAGGGAGAGGGGAAGGGUCCCAGCGCCUUCAUCCCCCUGGGAGAGAUCCUGCGGGACGGCGCGGAGAGCAGCCUGCGGCAGCUCCUCAUCGAGGCCUUCGUCUCGGCGGGCAGGGUGGACAACAUCACCAUGGUCAUGGGGCUGCACCCCCAGUAUCUCAGCAGCUUCUGGAAGACCCAGUCCCUCCUGCUGCGCAUGGACGGGCCCCUGCCCUACCACAAGCGCCACUACAUCGCCAUCAUGGCAGCAGCCCGGCACCAGUGCUCCUACCUGGUGGGUUUGCACAUGGGGGAGUUCCUGCAAGUGGGGGGCAACCCGACCUGGCUGCAGGGGCUGCACUGUGCCCCCCAAAAACUCAGGAACCUCAAUGAGAUCAACAAGCUGCUGGCCCACCGGCCCUGGCUCAUCACCAAGGAGCACAUCGAGGCUCUGCUGAAGACGGGGGAGAACAGCUGGUCGCUGGCGGAGCUGGUGCAGGCCCUGGUGCUCCUCACCCACUACCACUCGCUCGCCUCCUUCGUCUUCGGCUGCGGCAUCAACCCCGAGGAGGAGCAGGAUGGGGGGCACGGCUGCCGGCCCCCCUCGCCCCACAGCGACAGCAGCCCUGCCUCUGACGACAGCUCUGGGGGCAAGGACGCCAUGCGGGAGGUGGAGGCGCUGAUGGAGAGGAUGAAGCUGCUGCAGGAAAGCCAGCUGGAGGAGGAAGGUGUCACGCAGGAGGAGAUGGCGACGCGCUUCGAGCUGGAGAAGACGGAGAGCUUACUGGUGGCUCCGGCAGAUAUUGCGGAUCACUCCCUGCAGUCCAACGUCCUCUGCUUCGUGGAGGACCCCGACUUCGGCUACAAGGACUUCACGCGGCGGGGCGAGCAGGCGCCCCCCACUUUCCGUGCGCAGGAUUACACCUGGGAGGACCAUGGCUUCUCGCUGAUCAACCGUCUCUACCCCGAUGUGGGGCAGCUCCUGGAUGAGAAGUUCCAGGUGGUCUACAACCUGACGUACAACACCAUCGCCAUGCACUGCGGCGUGGACACCUCCAUGCUGCGCAGGGCCAUCUGGAACUAUGUUCACUGCGUCUUCGGCAUCCGCUACGACGACUACGACUACGGGGAGGUGAACCAGCUCCUGGAGCGCAGCUUGAAGAUCUACAUCAAGACGGUGGCCUGCUACCCGGAGAAGACGACCAAGCGGAUGUACACGCAGUUCUGGAGACACUUCAAGCACUCGGAGAAGGUGCACAUCAACCUGCUCUUGCUGGAGGCUCGGAUGCAGGCGGCUCUGCUCUACGCCCUGAGAGCCGUCACCCGCUACAUGACCUGACCGGCCUCUGCUCCCUCCUCUUCCUCCUCCUCCUCCUCCUCCUGCCCCAGGUUUGGGGAAAAGGCCAGGAGGGAGCUGGUGCCUUAAAGACUCUGCUGGAAUAUUGUCUCCCCCCUUAAGGGUCUGGAGCUGCUGGAAGGAAAGAAGCGGGGGCAUCCCUGCCCCUCAUUCCAGGAGACGGGAUCCCCAAGGAGCCGUUGGCGUUGGGAAGAUCCCGGAAUGCUGCCCUGGGCUUGGCAGAACUGGGGGUGCUGGGCUGCUCCACGCCUUUCUUGGGGUGAGCCUGAGCGAUGCCAAACCGGGGGUGUCUGUGGGUGCUGGCGUUACCCCUCGGUGACCCAUCCUGCCACCGCGGAGGACUGUCCUCGAGCCGGAGAUCACCACGGGUAUCGUGGGCUUCACCCCUGCUUUUUUGGCGUCUCGUUGCGCUGGAAGAUGCGCAGCUGCUGGUGGGGGAUGCUGCCCGCCCCCGCACCCCCUGCCCCCCACAUCUCUAGGGCACUGCAGGAGAGGUGGGAAGGGUCCGACCACCCCGUGGGGCAGCCCCCGGUGCCACUCGUCCCCGAGCUGAAUCCCCCCCACCCCCAAUUUUAGCAUACGAAUGGCUGGGGGGAGAGACUGCGGCUCCCCUCUGCCCUGCCCCAGUGAUUCUGCUGCCUUCAGUGACACGGGGACGUCCCCUCCGCGGCCGGGGGUGCCUGCCCGCGCCCCCUGCAAUUUGGGACGCGAAGUGCCUCUUAACCUGGGUGCCGGGACAGGAGCAGGAUGAAGGUAGAAGUGCCUGCUGUGUGUUUUAUACCUUUUUUUUUUGUUUGUUUCUUUUUUUUUUUUUUUUUUUUUUUGGUUGGCAUCAUUUUUCAGCCACUGGCACAUCUCCGCUGCCUCCACCUUCGGGGCUGUGCCAGGGGCGGGGGGGGGCUGCCGGCGGCUGAGGGUGACAGGGUGGGACGUGGGGUGGCCGUAGCUUUACCCAGGGGUGCCCGAGCAUUUCCCAGCGGCGCGGGUCGCCGGUGGCGGGGUGAGGGGGGUGCCCGUUUGGGAGAGCCCCCGCUCCCGGCUCUGCUGGAGCGCGGGUCCGGGUCCAGCAGCAUCGCCUGCUCUCGGUUUGUCUCUGCGGAUCCUUAGCUCCAGUUAAGUUAUUUCUUUUUUUUUUUUUGGGGGGGUGUGUGGUGUAUUUACUCCUGACUGGGCAGGGAAAUGCUACUGUGACUUUGCUACAGAUUAGGUUUGAAAAAAUAA